AUGGCGCCCAAGGCCAACACUAGCAAGACUCCCUGGCAGGAUUCCCUGAAGAGUACUUGCCACGACCUUCAAAUUGCCGCGCCGGUUUUCCAAAUUGUGUCUGACCGACGAGGUGGACGCACAGCAUGGUCCAGCAGGGUUACCGUUUACGGAGUGACUCACGAUGCCCGAUUUUGGUACGAUGGCAAGAACGUCAACAACGCCAAAGAAGAUGCUGCUGAGGUUGCUUACAAAUGGUUGAACGGCGCCUCUUCGAACCCCAGCUCACCCUCCACCACUCGAAGCGCAUGGUAA